ACAUCAACAUCAAGAAGGAGACGAAGAAGAAGAAGCAUGCGCAUGUAGCACGUACGUUCGAUAGCCCCGAUCACCGUGUCUCCGAUGGAAGACAACCGAUCACCUAACGGCGUGCCACCCCAGAAAGCGUUGCCGAAAUACGAUUUGCCGGAAUCGGAGCACCUUGGGGAGAAACCUGUCGCCGAAAUGGGAGCUUCGCCUGUGCCCGAGCCACCACCGCCCGCUCGAGGUGGCAGGGGCGAAAAUACGCGAACGAAAUCCAUAUCAGGAAAACCCCGCAGGAAGACGACGAAGUCAGCGAAAAGUAAUCGGGAGAAGCUCGACCAAAAGGAAGCCGGUGCAGCUGAACUUCCUGCUGGGAAACACCUCGAACAACCUGCUGAGUCUGUAUACACUAAGGCGCCGGAUAUUCAACGAGAGAAUCUCGAUCACAAGGAGACAGGUGCCACUGAACUUCCCGAUGGGAAGCGUCACGAAAAGGCUCCGGAGCCUGUGGACACCGUGGCGCCGGAACGCCCAGGAGCCAAAGAAGCCGGCCGCGAGCAGUUGAUCCCACUUGUAGUUCCUUCAGUGGCCUCUAAGCGCAAGCAGCAGCUGCUCAAGAAGAAGAGAAAUUCGGUGAGCAGGCUUCUACCGGGAAGAAUCUUUUCAGAAUUCGUGGAUAAGGCUCAGACAACAGUAGGAAGCAAUGAGAAGGUCAAAAAUGAGAGCAAGAAAGCUGCAGACGUUCCACAACAACAAAAGGUGCUAAACAACAAGGCUCUACAGGACCUGCUGCCGAGAAACCAGGCGCCCUCCUCGACGCUUCCCGCUAACGCGAACGCCUGCACGAGACUGCAGUGCAUCGCCGGCGUGCUGUUCUUCGUGGUCGUCGCGGUCAUGGGCGUCAUGGUCUUCCUGCCUUCGAUGCGGUCGCCGCGCACGUGCGACACUAUGGUGUGCCGCUACUACGCCAGGCUCCUGGAAGACACGCUCAGCAACGCGGUGCCGCCCUGCAUCGACUUCCACGCUCACGUGUGCGCCGGCUGGGAGCGCUCGCACGGCAUCUCCGUCGUCGACAACGUCUACGAGCGCUUCAUCGCGAGGGUCGCCGAGCAAGUGUCCACAACCACAACUCCCCCCGUAGGACAGACAGCGGUACAAAAGGCAGCGUCGCUUUUCCAGUCAUGCCGGAGCAUCUACACAGGACGGAGGAGCGAGCUUGAGUUAGUCAAGAAACGACUACUAGAUUUCGGGAUAUUCUGGCCUGAGAUGACCAACAAGUCGAGCGUACUUCGUAUCAUCUUCUCCAUGGGAGCCGCCUGGAACUGGGGCUCAUUUAUUCACCUAUCCACGUGGCAACCAGGUCGCUUAAGAAUCACGCCCACGCUUUACUUUAACCGUACCCUCCAGCGAAGGCAGGCCAUGCUCAGUCAGAUGAAGCGUGGCAAUUCUUACCGGAAGUAUUUUGACAAGAUGGUUGAGGCGUUCGGGCGUGCUGAAGGCCAGGUUCCUUCCUACAAGGAGUUGACUGAUCUUGAAUCGGUUGUGCUUCCUGUUAUCACCGAACCAUAUAAUGCCGUUCCGUGGAGAACACUGGAGAACGUCGGCUUGGACGAACUCAAAGCUCUAGCCAUAGGAAGCAUUCCAAAUGACACAUGGGAUGAAGAGUUGCGCAGGCACUUUAACGCCACACCAGAUGGUGACUAUGUUUUCACAAUCUCGAACGUCGAGUUCUUGAAGACCUUCUUCGGGCUGGUGAUGAGCGAGGGCGAGCCGAAGAUGGCAUACUACCUAGGCUGGGCCAUAGUGCAACCGGCCUCCCUGCUGUCCAACGCGGAGCUCGUUAAUUACUUUUACCAGACGGAAGUCGACACGAUCACUGGUCACUUAAGGUUCUGCGUAUACAUCUGCCAUGUCUACAUGGGUCUACCUUUCUACGCCGGCUAUAUGCGGACCUUAGUCAGCCCUCUCAUAAUGCAAGAUGUUUCUGCGUUGAUAAUAGCGGUGCGCAAAUCACUGAGAGCGCGUCUCGAAGGGGCCACGCCAGCGUGGAGCAACCUUGACGCCGUGAUUCCCGUUUUCGACGGCCACGACCAAGCGGAGGCGUCGGCUGCUUUGAGCCUCUUCACCGACGCCACUGAAGGCCACUUGAACAAGCUCUACGAGCGCUUCCCGGACAUGACGCCGUCCACCAUCACCAACGUAGAGCUCAUCACUAUAGCGCGGCGCCUCACUGAGGCGAACACGGAGAUGGCACGGUUCCAUGACACCGAGAGUUCGCGCUUUUACUACCUUAAGGACCAUGGAAUGCGGCUGCUUCCCCCCGCGUUUGAGCUUCCGGUUUACCACCCACAGGCGCCGAUCAGCAUAAAGUACGGCACGCUCGGAGGCCAGAUUACCGAAGCCGUUAGUCGGCUGUUGUACAAGACAGCGCCUUCGUUCGACAACUUAACUGCCUCUGAACCAUCGUGCAUAGCAAACCAUGCAGACAGUGCCAGGGAGUCUGAUACCCUGAAGAUCACGUUGAGCAUCACCUCCUUGAGCGUUCUUUACGACCUAUUUGUCGAGAUGUCUAAAAAUGCAGCGCGAUUCCCGAUUGGUUUUUACAGCGUUCUCACCGAGGGGCAGCUGUUCUUUAUAAUGUGGUGUUAUAUGCAUUGUGGUAGCCCGAACGCAAAGGCAAAAUGCAACGACCCCCUUAAAGUUCUUAGUCGAUUUCACCGAGCGUUCGGUUGUAAAAGCGGCAACCCUAUGUAUCCCAGACCUGAAUGUAGUCUCUGAACCAUCUUGUGUUCUCAACUGCUUCAACCAGUGUACAUUUUUGCUUCGGCUUGGAAAUUAAAUUAAACGACUCAGGAUACCAAGAUAGAAAAACGACGAAUUGUUAGCAGGAGAAAGUUUUAUGUGCAAAGUGCUAAGCGUGUGUCGUACUUUGUCCUUUUAAAAGCAUUAAUUGCGGAUGUUUGUGAUUGCCGUUCACGCCACACUGUUAACUCUUGCUAUGAACUCCUUUUGCUUUGUGUAGAAGAACUGCUUGUUCACUACGCAUUUAUUUCGGCUUACUGCAGACUAGUGGAGCUUGUGGCGCUCAUACCGUUGCCUAAUUAUCACAGCUUUUUAGGCGGAAUCUUCGCGAUAUCUUUACUUUUUGUUGUUUUAUGUGGCAUUCGUUUAUCGAACUUUAUGCUGUUUUCGCGUAGUACCCAACGCUCAGACUGUUCUUAAGACUGUCGUUACAUAGCAGUGGCAAUGUACAAGUUAUUUUGCCGUUUUCGGCGAAUCGGCAGAAACUGUGUUGAUUGGCGAGCUGUAGGUCACGCAGUAGUCUGCAUUACUAGAAGCAUAGGCUGGCUCCUGCGGCCUUCUGUAGUCCAGAAGAAUGGUAUUUUUAUGCGAUUGCUGCUCAUUGAUAUUAAAUUAUACCUGACAACAGAGA